CAAGCUGAAGGCAACGGGUACACACUGACUGGCAGCUCUCCACUGAGUCUUAGCAUAAGAACCUCUGCAGUGACUUAGCAAAGGAAAACAGCCGCUGAAGACUGCGCUGCAGACUUUACCAGGCUGCUACAUAGCACCAGGCAUCACAGCCACAAUCUCCAUCUCUUCAAAGAGCAAAGUGAAGUCAAGUUCCCCAGAAACAUGAUUGGCCUGUGGUUCCUCUCUGUUCUCACUUACGGACUUAUGGUGCUUGAGGAGGGCAAUUGCUGGACAUACCACUAUUCAGAAAAAAAUAUGAACUAUAAGCUUGCGGAGGAAUGGUGUAGGAAACACUAUACAAAUAUGGUUGCCAUUCAGAAUAAGGAGGAAAUUGUCCAUCUGAAUGCAUUUUUACCCUUCAAUCCAAGUUAUUACUGGAUUGGAAUCAGGAAGAUUGACAAUGAGUGGACCUGGGUUGGAACAAGAAAACGGUUGACAGAAGAGGCUAAAAACUGGGCUAAGGGUGAACCAAACAACAGAAAGAAUGACGAGGACUGUGUUGAAAUCUACAUCAAAAGAGAGAAGGAUGCAGGCAAAUGGAAUGAUGAAAGAUGCAGCAAAGAGAAGGUUGCCUUGUGCUACGCAGCUUCCUGUGACCAGUCUUCCUGCAGUGGCCAUGGUGAAUGCCUGGAGACCAUUAACAAUCAUACCUGCCUCUGUGAUGCUGGAUUCUAUGGGCCUGAAUGCCAGUAUGUUGUGACUUGCGACCAAUUAAAAGAACCCGAUCAAGGGACCCUGGAGUGCAGCCAUCCACUACAGAACUACAGCUACAACUCAUCCUGCGAGGUUCAGUGUGCAGAAGGCUAUGAAUCAACUGGGUUUGAACCAGUGUGGUGUACCUCUUCCGGGAACUGGUCUUCACCCACUCCAGCAUGUACAGUUGUGCAGUGUGAUGGCUUAAAGGCUCCAGCUCAUGGCUCCCUGACGUGCUCUCCCGCUUCUGGGAACUUUCUGUGGAAUUCAAGCUGUGAGUUUGCCUGUGAAGAAGGGUUUGUGUUGAACGGAUCAGACAGGCUGCAGUGCGGUGCUUCUGGAGAGUGGGAUGGACAGCAGCCAGAAUGCGAAGCUGUGACCUGUGAAACAGUGAAUGGACCUGAAAAUGGCUUUGUGGAAUGUACCGGCGGUCAUCCAGAAUUCAGCCACAACUCGGCCUGUGAGUUCCGUUGUGAGGAGGGCUACAGAUUAAGUGGAUCACCCACGAUUCAGUGCACAGCUCAGGGAGAAUGGUCAGAGCCCUUCCCAAAGUGUGAAGUUGUGCAGUGUGAUGGCUUAAAGGCUCCAGCUCAUGGCUCCCUGAUGUGCUCUCCCGCUUCUGGGAACUUUCUGUGGAAUUCAAGCUGUGAGUUUGCCUGUGAAGAAGGGUUUGUGUUGAAGGGAUCAGACAGGCUGCAGUGCGGUGUUUCUGGAGAGUGGGAUGGACAGCAGCCGGAAUGCGAAGCUGUGACCUGUGAAACAGUGAACGGACCUGAAAAUGGCUUUGUGGAAUGUACCGGCGGUCAUCCAGAAUUCAGCCACAACUCGGCCUGUGAGUUCCGUUGUGAGGAGGGCUACAGAUUAAGUGGAUCACCCACGAUUCAGUGCACAGCUCAGGGAGAAUGGUCAGAGCCCUUCCCAAAGUGUGAAGUUGUGCAGUGUGAUGGCUUAAAGGCUCCAGCUCAUGGCUCCCUGAUGUGCUCUCCCGCUUCUGGGAACUUUCUGUGGAAUUCAACCUGUGAGUUUGCCUGUCAAGAAGGGUUUGUGUUGAAGGGAUCAGACAGGCUGCAGUGUGGUGUUUCUGGAGAGUGGGAUGGACAGCAGCCGGAAUGCGAAGCUGUGACCUGUGAAACAGUGAAUGGACCUGAAAAUGGCUUUGUGGAAUGUACCGGCGGUCAUCCAGAAUUCAGCCACAACUCGGCCUGUGAGUUCCGUUGUGAGGAGGGCUACAGAUUAAGUGGAUCACCCACGAUUCAGUGCACAGCUCAGGGAGAAUGGUCAGAGCCCUUCCCAAAGUGUGAAGUUGUGCAGUGUGAUGGCUUAAAGGCUCCAGCUCAUGGCUCCCUGACGUGCUCUCCCGCUUCUGGGAACUUUCUGUGGAAUUCAACCUGUGAGUUUGCCUGUCAAGAAGGGUUUGUGUUGAAGGGAUCAGACAGGCUGCAGUGUGGUGUUUCUGGAGAGUGGGAUGGACAGCAGCCGGAAUGCGAAGCUGUGACCUGUGAAACAGUGAAUGGACCUGAAAAUGGCUUUGUGGAAUGUACCGGCGGUCAUCCAGAAUUCAGCCACAACUCGGCCUGUGAGUUCCGUUGUGAGGAGGGCUACAGAUUAAGUGGAUCACCCACGAUUCAGUGCACAGCUCAGGGAGAAUGGUCAGAGCCCUUCCCAAAGUGUGAAGUUGUGCAGUGUGAUGGCUUAAAGGCUCCAGCUCAUGGCUCCCUGAUGUGCUCUCCCGCUUCUGGGAACUUUCUGUGGAAUUCAACCUGUGAGUUUGCCUGUCAAGAAGGGUUUGUGUUGAAGGGAUCAGACAGGCUGCAGUGCGGUGUUUCUGGAGAGUGGGACGGACAGCAGCCGGAAUGCGAAGCUGUGACCUGUGAAACAGUGAAUGGACCUGAAAAUGGCUUUGUGGAAUGUACCGGCGGUCAUCCAGAAUUCAGCCACAACUCGGCCUGUGAGUUCCGUUGUGAGGAGGGCUACAGAUUAAGUGGAUCACCCACGAUUCAGUGCACAGCUCAGGGAGAAUGGUCAGAGCCCUUUCCAAAGUGUGAAGUUGCACAGUGUGAAACCCUGAUACCGUCUGAGAAGGGCUCCAUGAAUUGUUCACACCCUUUUGGGGAUUUUGCAUACAGCACAGUUUGCGAAUUUAACUGUACAGGGGGAUGGUUGCUUAACGGCUCUAAAGUACUUCAGUGCAGCGCUGCAGGGAACUGGACUGCAAGUCAGCCAACGUGCGAAGCUCCCCAAGUGCCUGAAGAACUGCUCAGUUACGUCUCUGUUGGAAUAGCAGCCACCGGAGCCUCGCUCCUGUCGACAGCAUCAUUCCUCAUUUGGCUUGUAAAGCGCCUUCGAAGGAAAGCAAAGAAAUUUACUCCUGCCAGCAGCUGCCAGAGUCUCAAUUUAGAACAUACCUUCCAAAGCACUGGUCAUCUAAUCUAACGCCAAGUGACUCCGAAAUUGAAGCUAUCUUCACUGAUGCCUCAGAGCCUCUCAGGAAAUGGAGCUAUGGAGUCCUCAACAAGUGGCCAGGUGUUGAUACAUCUUGCUGACAAGAUGAUUAGCCUCGGAUCUUGCUACUAGAUACCAGGCUCAGUCAUCUGGUUCUGCCACUGAAGACAAGCAAGCUGUGGGUAAAACCCUAGCCGUUUACCAAGAGACUACAUGGGUCCAGUCAAUGUACAGCUACAGUGAUUGGGAGAUCUCUAUUCAUUCUCUGGAUGGGGACAAAAUAAGCUGCUGUCUAUGGGAGAGGCUGGACUCCUCUGGGGUCAGUCUGUAGGUACCAGGGUGGAGUGAACACUUUGCAAUAUACACAGCUGGAGUUCUCUCCCAUGGAAACACAUAGGUUACAUUUUUUAAAGCAAAAUAGUUAGAAUGGGAAAUAUUUAUGGAAUUGCCUUACAAACCAUUGAUUUGGUUCACUGGUAAUUGUUGAAGUAAAUGUACUGUAACAAUAUGUCACAGUUAAUAAAUCUGCCUGUAACACUAUGGUCAGGGUGUUUUGCUGCAAUUCCUAGCGAGUUUUUAUAUUGUAACUUUAAACCACUGCUAAUGGGAGCACUAUCAGAGUUAGUAAUUAUGCCAGGCACUCUGGUUCGUGAAUGCAGCAGGUAGACCUGAAACAAUUUCAUCCCCAUGGGAUUAAGUAUUGUAAUCUAUAUAAAUAUAUAUUUAGUUUCUUGUGUACUUUCUUCUGCAUGUAAUUCUGUACUGUUUGUAAAUCAUAGAACUGCUGUAGGAUAUCAGCCCUAGAGUUCAGGAUCAUAUAUGGUCUGCAAAAAGUAUGUGACAUCUACUCUGUUCAGAUAAAAUAGCCUGUUGUAUAACUCAAAAGGUAGUGACUACAGACCUUCUGUGUACUUAUUCCUUUAAACUUAUCUGUCAUUUAGGGACAGACAUGAUUAAAGGUCUGUAUGUGCAUUCAUGUGUGUCUGAACAUAAGAACAUAACAUAAUACUAGAUAGAAGUCAAAUACCUUGUAUAUAAAUAAACAAUGUACAGACCUUUGGGGUCUGAUCCUGGUCUCAUUAACACUGAUGGCAAAACUCCCGUUAAUUUCAACGAUUCAGGAAAAGGCCCUUCAUAACUUACAAGCUGUUCUUUUUGACACUUUCAUGAAUAUUGCGUUUGGUAACAUUGCAUACACAAUAGUCCAAUGGAAAGACCUGAGGUCAUAUUUUAGUGGCUGAUGUUUUUGUAAGAAGCAGUUCUGUGGGACUGAAUAUUUGGGGGCAGAGCUUCACCUGAUAUAAAUUGUCACAGCUCAGUCAAUCAGAGGUACCCUUUUAUGGUUUUCAUGUCAGUAUAUUAUUUAAAUAUAAACUGGCAGCUUAAGAAGAUCUUUAUAUAUAAUGAAUAUAAUCUGCUUAGGUUUUAUAUUAUCAGUAUGGUUUUGACUAAGUUAUGUAUUUAAUGUAUUUAUGAUUACACAGUCAUGGCUGAUUUUAAUCUAAUAUGUGCUGUGCUCUAUGUGACUGAUUAAUAAAAUUGUUUGAGAUUGCUGCUUA